CAAUGGUUGAUACAAGAAACCCAAAAGCUUACCAAACCAGAAGAAUGACGUUUUCUGCGUGUCAUAGAUUAAAUAGCCCUUUUCUCGAUGAAGCAGAAAACGAGGAAGUUUAUGGAAAAUGUAACCACAUAAAUGGUCAUGGGCACAAUUAUAUGGUGAAAGUAACCCUCUUUGGGGAAAUUGACACUAAAACAGGGAUGAUACUCAAUAUGACUGAACUGAAAAGGUACAUGGAGCAAGCUAUAAUGAAUCUUUUGGAUCAUAAAAACUUAGACAAAGAUGUUGAAUAUUUCAAGAAUCGACCCAGUACGACUGAGAACCUUACAGUUUUCGUUUGGAAUCAGAUGAAAAGGGUUAUGGAGAAACCUGAUUUGUUGUAUGAAGUUGAGAUUUUUGAAACGGAAAAUAAUAUUGUGAGGUAUAGAGGGGAAUGAAUAUUUAUUAU